AGUUGCUUCAUAACUUUAUACACUAACGGUCGUUAGAAUAGAAGUAAUUCGGCCAAACUGAAAAUCUAGAGCCGAUACCACGUUGGAACAAGUUCACCAGCCCAUUGGGACAUUGCAUGCCACAAGUUGCAUGCUAAACACACAUCAUUAUGCUUAGACGCAAGGGCAAAAAGAAAGAGUGGCCUACAAUUUCAAUAAACCAUUUAAACUAUUGGACACGCAAAUUGUCACAUUUUCCCAUCUGUGAGAACAAAGGAAGCGACACACAAACAAAAAAGCAAUCGCACUAAAUAUUAACAUCUCACGCAUUCAACUAACAAUAGCAGGUACACGCUCACUCAACAACACUCAAAACACACACAGGAAACGGAACUAACUAGGAAGUUGGGUUAAUUCGGGAAAUUUUCUAAAGUAAAAUGGCUACUGGGAUUGAAUUAAUAUUGGCCACAGCCCUAUGUUUGACAUGUGCCAAUGAUACUACCACCCUGUAUCCUGAUGGCUUACUUCUACUGGAUGAUAAUUAUGAAGUGGUCACCGAAGCUCCCAACUUUGAUACUUCGUUGGAUGAUGCCCCUGCAGAAACGCGCAACACCAUCAUGGAGAAGCGAGAGAAAUUACAAAAAUUACAAGAUUGGAUAAAGGGUCGUCAUUUACGUAUUGGUACUUUGGAGGAUUAUCCCUUGAGUUAUACGGAAAUGGGCCCCGACGGCAAAAAACAGGGCAAAGGGGUAUCGUUUAUUCUAUUGGAUUUCCUAAUGGAAAAAUUCAAUUUUACAUAUGAAGUUGUGGUGCCUUCGGGAAAUAUCAUUGGCUCGAGAUCGGAUUUUGAGGGGAGUUUGAUACAAAUGCUAAAUGCAACGGAAGUUGAUAUGGCAGCUGCCUUUAUACCUUUGCUAUCCGAACAACGUUCGUUUAUCUUCUAUUCGGCCACAACAUUGGAUGAAGGUGAAUGGAUUAUGGUAAUGCAACGUCCGAGGGAAUCUGCUUCGGGCUCCGGCCUAUUGGCACCCUUUGAAUUUUGGGUUUGGAUACUUAUUUUGGUGUCCCUGCUGGCCGUAGGACCCAUCAUAUAUUUCUUGAUUAUCUUACGCAUCAAACUCACUGGAGAUAAGACCCAAAAACCGUAUUCUUUGGGUCAUUGUGCUUGGUUUGUGUAUGGUGCUCUAAUGAAACAGGGUAGUGUGCUGUCACCAAUUGCGGAUUCGACACGUUUACUAUUUGCAACAUGGUGGAUAUUUAUAACCAUAUUGACAUCAUUCUAUACCGCCAAUUUAACCGCUUUCCUCACGCUAUCCCAGUUUACAUUGCCUUUUAAUACGGUCAACGAUAUUUUAACCAAAAAUAAGCAUUUUGUAUCACAACGUGGCAGUGGCAUUGAAUAUGCCAUUAAAUUGACCAAUGAAAGCUUGUCUAUGUUAAGCGGCAUGGUUGAUAGAAAAUAUGCCGUUUUCACUGAAGACACCAAUGAUACCUUAAAUUUGCGCAAAUAUGUGGAAAAAUCCGGCUAUGUCUUUGUAAGGGAUCGUCCAGCUAUUACCCACGUACUCUAUGCGGAUUACUUGUAUCGCAAGACUAUCAGUUAUGAUAAUGAGAAGAUUCAUUGUCCCUUUGCCAUGGCCAAGGAUCCUUUCCUGAAGAAGAAACGCUCAUUUGCUUAUCCCAGAAAUAGUAAUUUGAGUGAACUUUUUGAUAGAGAGUUACUCAAUCUUGUGGAAUCUGGCAUUAUUAAACAUUUGUCAGCUCGCUCAUUACCAAAUGCCGAAAUUUGUCCCCAGAAUUUGGGUGGCACUGAACGUCAAUUGCGCAAUGGUGAUUUGAUUAUGACCUACUACAUUAUGUUUGCUGGCUUUGCCACCUCUAUUGUGGUGUUUAGCACUGAAAUGCUAUUCCGUUACAUCAACUAUCGGCGAGAGGCAAAUCAAUGGGCCACCCAUGGUGUGGGUCGUACUCCGAAUGGUGGUCAAGUCAAACCCUCCAAAUGGUUUUGGCGCAUCGGUGGUGGUUCUGGCAGUGCCAAAGAAUUGUUGGGUAGUGCUCAUACAAACCAGAUAACACCACCUCCACCUUAUCAGAGCAUAUUCAGGGGACGUCAAGAGAAUACCAACAUACGUCGUUGGCAGCAUGCAGCCAAUUUUGGAGCCAACAAUGGUGCUCCUGGCGGCGAAGGAGGAUUUGGUGUAUUGCGACCCGUGGGUCUUGGAAAUUAUUAUGGCAAUGAUAUUGGAGCACCAAUAAAUGGAGGUUUGGAGACAACCGGUUUAAGAAAGUUCAUAAAUGGCCGCGAGUACAUGGUAUAUCGUACCCCCGAUGGACGUAAUCAAUUGGUACCAGUUAGAGUACCAUCGGCUGCUUUAUUCCAAUACUCGUAUACGGAAUAGAGAUAGAGGAAUACGCAUUGAAAAUAAGCGCUGUUGCUGUGUUCUUUGUCCUUUUCUAUUAUUAUGUAUGUUUGCAUAUGUGUUGUUAGUGUUUUUGUUUUCUGAUAGAUUUUAAGGAAGAAUUAAAUUUUUGAAUAUUCUUUGCGUUAUUAAA